AUGGUAGUGUUACUCUCUUUUCAACAGUUGAAAGAACUUAAUAGCCAUGUUGCCAAGGCUAGCCGCCAAACUGGGCAUUCCAAAGAAGCUGAUGAUCUAAUUAAACUAGUUCAUUUAGCUAUCAAUGAGCUAAUCGAACAUGGGCAAAUUGUGGCAAACGACAAUCCUAAAAUCGCCGAUAGGGUAUAUCAAGCCUAUGAAGAGCUUCAUGAUGCUGGAUCUUGUUUACUAGCUGCAACGGAAAGUUUUGUUCAUGAGCCAAGCUCACAAAUUAAAAGGAGUGCUUUAUUAAAGGCCGUUUUCAAUCUGUACCCAAUCUUGAAUAAAUUACUCUCAAUUGCUGACAUGGUUGAUAUCAGUAAUUUGGUGAAAAUGCUCCACGAGCUGGAAGAUCACUUGCAGCUAGUUCUCGAUAGCCGAGACGAAAAUUCGUUGGAUCAGAAUCUGGACAACUUUGCUUACCACUUGGACCAAGUCGAUGAUGCUGUUAAACGCCGUCAAUUUGAUCUAAAGGAUGAAGACAAGAAAGAUCAGCUCUCAGCUGCUCGAGCUAACCUAUUGACUGCUAGCCAAUUACUAAACGUUGUAUCAAAGACUCAUUUCAAAUAUGAAAAUUUGCCUCCGGCUAAAGCAAAUUGCGCAGCUAUUACGUCUGAAAUUAGAGAGUUUGUCAAUAGGAUCGUUACUAUUAUUCAAUCGCCCGUUGGCAACGAAGAAUCGCCUAUAGGAGAAACUGCGAGCGUAAUUAAGAAGUUUAAGAGCUAUUUAGUUGGAAAAAAGGCAAAUUCCUGUUCUGAACAGAGACUGUGUAGUCAACUUCAAGAAUUACUUGAAAAGAUUACUAACAAUGCGACAAUACUUGCUUGUUCAAGUUUUACCGGAGAUAAUCGGCGAGAACACAUUGUGUUGCUUUGCAAAUCGCUAAAUAAGACGCUUCAAAUUUUGAUAACUGAGUAUCAGAAAGAGCUAAGAAUAGCUGUAGCAGAUCAUGUCUCCGAAGCUCUGAUUGCGGCCACGGUUCCACUUCAAGUAUUAAUUGAUGCAGCGACGAAUAAAAGUAAUGAAGAACUAGAAAAUUAUGCCCAAAGUUUCAGUGAUGACGCAGAAAGUAUACUACAGGCUGGCGAGUUGGCUUGUGCUAUUUCAACUAAUGCAGAAGGUAUCAAGCUUGUAAAAUUAGCAUCCAAUUACGUCAGGACGUACCGUUUGCAGGUCGUAAAUGCGGCGGAAAUUUGCUCUCAAGUGCCAUCAGAUAUGACCGUUGAAAACAAUAUGGAUAGAUACAAGGAAUUAUGGAAUAAAUAUAUGAGAGCGCUAAUUAGAGCAAUUGACGAAAUAACUAGCGUUGACGAUUUUUUACUUGCUUCGCGUAAGUCUCUGAAAUGGUCGAAAAAUAAUAAUCUUAAAAAACUGAUAUAA